AUGCCUGUGUGCAGAGAUCGUCGCUGCCAAAAUGCUUCUUUCACUGAGCUGGAGACAUGCAUCACACGCUGUCACGGCAACGGGGUGUGUAACAGUAACGGGAACUGUCACUGUGACGGUGGCUGGGCUCCGCCUUUUUGUGACAAGCCCGGACUCGGCGGCAGUGUGGACAGCGGGCCGAUCCAGCACCACAGUCAGGUGGGGCUGGUGGUCGGGCUCCUCUUGUCCUUCCUGGUUCUUCUUCCUGCCGUCCUGCUGAUCUUCUACUGCUGCAGGAUCAAGACGUCGUCUUUCCACAAAUGGCUUUCCCAGAGAGACAAGAAGACCAACAGGACGGAGACGUCUGCACAGAAAAUCGGACACCUGAAUCCUGCCUUCCACCUGAAGGUGGUCGGACCAGUCAGCAAGGCCGGCAGCCACCACGGGCUUCCUCACAACAGUAAGGAGGUUCUGCCCCUCAGACCAUGUCCGACCCAGAACGGUACGCAGCCGGUCAACGUUGUCCGACCCCUGAGACCCGCCACCUCGCCCCACGGUGCUAAACUCAAGGCGGCGCGUCCACCGCUGCCAGCAGGCAAACCCCCGGCUGCCGUGCCCCCCCGGAGACUCAGCCCGCCCAAGAAGCCUCUGCCCCUCAACCCGAGCCGGUCUCCAGCGUUGGUGUCCAAGCAGCAGUCCAGUCCCUCGGCCUUCCCGCCACAGAGACCUCUUCCUCUGAGUCCUGCCAGAGGGCCCAGCGUCAAGGCCGGCCUGUCCACGUCCCCACCUCCAGGACUCCUGGUCAUGAUGCCUCCAGCUGUUGGACCCAAACCUGUGGGCAAGCUUUCAGCCGUCCCCCCUCUGAAAGCAUUCAGACGAUCCCAGGAGCCAAACUGAGCACCGUGUCGCCUCCGGCGGGAAAAUGACCCCGCCCUUUGCGCGGCCCCUGAGGCACCUGACAGCUGAAUUGCACUAAAGGAACUUCGGGGGCGCUGCCAGGGAGGCCCUGCCCACCUCGUGACGUGCAGACAUUAGCCACAGUGACGCGGUUUUGCACGGACGCCCUGCAGACUGAGACGAGCGUCACCGCUGGGAGGCGCCACAAACUGUUUUCUGUGGGGUUUUAAAUUUUUUAUUUUUGUAAGAGUCCGUUUGUGUGUAAAAAUGCGUUUUGUUUACAGUUUGUCCCGUUUGAUGAUUUCAUGUCGCGUGCCAAAGACGUGUCUCCGCUUGGUGAAAAUCGUCCAUCUGUUACUCGGUUUGUAAUUUAUUUCCAGGUGAACGCCGUUAGAGGAACCAAUCAGAGUGCAGCUGGUGUUCCACACUGUUUACACCCGCGAGCAAGACACGCCCACUCACGCCUGCUCAUCGAAUGUCUUUGUAACAUAAAAUAUUUUUUACCGA